UUUAUUUCUUAUUUCUUAAUUUAGAAUAUUUAAUAACAAUUUUUAUUAAUUAAUUGCAUUAAAAUUAUUUAAAUACAAAACCAACCGAAAAUUGACCAAGGUUUGACCAUGGGUCAACCGAAAGUUGACUUCGGUUUGACCAUGGCUAAACCGAAAACUGACUUCGGUUUGACCGAAGGCCAACCGAACGUUGACCUCGGUUUGACCGAGGGCCAACCGAACGGCGGCUUCGGUCGUCGAAGGGAGGGCGUCGAAGGGAGGAGGGAGCUGACCUUCUCCGGCGAGUGGGGUUUGACGGCGCUGUUGGCGAAGACGGCGACUGCUGGCGCUGUUGGCAACGAUGGCGACGGCGAGUGGGGUGCGGCGGGACGAGGUGGACUGACGGCGCGCGACUCCCCUCCGACGGCGUGGGUUGCGGCGGCGGACUACGCUGCGGACUGACGCGACUCCAGCAGCGUGGGUUGCCGCGGCGGACGGCUCCGGCGAGGUGGGUUGCGGCGGCUGCUCUGCUGCCUGCGGCGGCUUCCUUUUGUCGGGGGAGAGUUGUCUGUCGGGGGAGAGGAAGUGGGGGAAGGGGUUGUUUGUUUAGGGUUUGUUUUUGAAUUUUAGAAAGGGUAAUUCAGUAAAUUACGUAUUAAGUUAGGACGACAGUUAGUAAUUCUUAGGACGACCUUUAACCCUUCAGAUCUAGAACUGCCGAUGCGAUAUGUCAUUGUCUGGAAGAAGAUCCGAACCUAUAGCAGUAGAUGGACUUAGUUUCCUUUGGUCAUAAGAAAUUACAACACCAAUCCCUUGAUCAUAGGUGUUGUAAUAUACUUUGGCGCUUUUAAUGCCUUUGGUAGUGGUUUCGCAUGGUUUUCGCGGGUCUUGUGAUGAUCGAACAAAUGUACAAAUAUAUGAGAUUGAACGAAAAAUAGAUUCUAAUAUGUUAGUUGCAUUUUGAUCGUUAAUUGUUUAAUUAGAUCCUGGAGCGAAUUAUCAAGUACAAUCUAUCUAAAUUACACGAGAAAUCGCGGUAAUAUGUUUGGAAUUGGGUUAAGUAAAGAAAUCAAAACUCUGAAAACCAUAGAAAGUAAAUGAUAUGGUUAAUCAGAUAAAUUUCGGGAAAAACUCAACCUAGCUAGACCAUACUUGUUGAAAUGUUAUUAUCUUUUUUGUUUUGUUUCAACAAAAGGGGUCCCAUAUUUUCGGUGCCCUCAAUAAUCAAUAUCGCACAAAAAUUGUUGGAUGAUAAUGAAGUGUUUAGUAGCUAAACUGCAUCUCUGCAUGUAGUCGCAAAAUGUCGCCCUCCACAUUACUCAUUUGACUUAGUUUCUGCACAGGGCACCAACUCGAAUUAAAAAAGCCUUUUGAGAAGGAUUAUAAAAUAUAAACCCUUUAAUUCUGGCUGCGGAGGAAGUUAGAGUGGGCGCAGAACUAACCAAGGUUUGUUUUGCUUUGCACUAUUUUAAUUAAUAGAGAGGUAUUAAUUAACAAAUCAAGCAAGAUACAUGCUAAUCCGCGUUUAAUAUGUAGUUAUUAAUUACUAUAUCUGGUAGGAUUAUUCAUAAUUUUUCAAAGCUUCGAACUCAUCGAUUAGCACUACAUAAAAUUGAUUUAAAUAAGUGUUGGCAAAUUACGGUCAACGUGUACGUAGGUUGACUUUUCUUAACUUGCAUUAUGAUAAAGAAGAGGGGCAAAAACUAACCCUGCUUUCCUUUUUUCCCCUUGCCCUCCCUCCACACACACGAACUCAUGUAUACAAGUGGUGUUGAUUGUUGACUUAGAUUGAGCUAUUUUCACGUAUAUAAUUUGGCUUUUCUACGAACUCUCAUAAAUAUCAUCUAUUGAUCGAUCAAUGUUUUCCACGUACUCUUAUAAAUUGUAUGAAAAAAAUAAAAAUAAAUCAUAUACGUGAACAAUUUGUAACGUUGUAUGAAUGGCAGAAUAUGAAUAUCCCAUUGUGGGUGCCUUUUCUUUCUACGACGGAUAUCGAUAAUCCACGCUAUUACUAAUGUAUUUGGAGAAAUUGAACAGGUUACAACAAGUUAGAAAGACGAGAAAUUUUACAAUGCUAUAUAGUAUUGGUGCUAUAAGUUUUUGUCUUUAUGGUACAACUUAAAAUUGUACAUUUACGUUAUGGUACAACUUCAUAUUGUACCUAUACUUUUGGUACAAAUUCUUUUAUAGUACAACUUGAACUUGUACCUUUAUGUGAUGGUACAACUUCAAGUUGUAAAGUUGUACCAUAACAUAAUGAUACAAAUUGUUUUAUGGUACAACAUAAACUUAUACAUUUAAUGUUAUGGUACAACUUUAAGUUGUACAUUAAAUCACCAAUGCUAUAUAGCAUAGUAGAAGUGCUCUAGAAAGACUAAAAAUGAAUGUAAUUGCUGAAA